AUGGGCAGUACUGAGGAUGAAUCAGCAGCGGCGGCCGCGGCAGCAGCAGCAGCAGCAGCAGGGGCAAAAUUAGAAGAAGAGUUUUUGACGGGGGCAAGGUCAGCAGUGUUCAAGGAGUCGGAAUCACUGGAAGGGAAGAGCAUAAAGAUAGAGGGUUACGAUUUUAACCAAGGCGUGGACUACCCUAAGCUCAUCCGCUCUCUUCUCUCCACCGGCUUCCAAGCCUCCAACCUUGGCGACGCCAUUCAAGUUGUUCAUAGCAUGCUGGAUUGGAGUCUUGCCGACGAGUCAAUUGAGUUGGAUGGGAGUGACCAUGUGAAGGAUGACACCUACAGAAAAUCGGUGAAAUGCAAGGUGUUCCUGGGUUUCACUUCCAAUCUCAUUUCCUCUGGUGUUAGAGAGACCAUUCGUUAUCUGGUUCAGCAUCGCAUGGUGGAUGUGUUGGUGACAACAGCGGGGGGAAUAGAGGAAGAUCUGAUAAAGUGCAAAGCACCCACAUACAAGGGAGAUUUCGCACUCCCAGGGGCUCAGCUCCGCUCUAAAGGCCUCAACCGCAUUGGCAACCUCUUGGUCCCUAAUGACAACUACUGCAAAUUUGAGGAUUGGAUCAUGCCCAUUCUUGAUCGCAUGCUGGAAGAACAAUCCAACGAGAGACUAUUAUGGACGCCGUCAAAGUUAAUAGCUCGACUGGGGAAAGAAAUAAACAAUGAGAGCUCGUACCUGUACUGGGCUUACAGGAACAAUAUUCCAGUAUAUUGCCCAGCCAUAACAGAUGGGUCAAUUGGAGACAUGCUGUACUUUCAUUCCUAUCGCAACCCUCCUGGUCUCAUCCUCGACAUUGUCCAUGAUGUGAGGGCGAUGGACGGGGAGGCAGUCCACGCGACUCCAAGGAAGACGGGAAUAAUAAUACUGGGAGGAGGGCUGCCGAAGCACCACAUCUGCAACGCCAACAUGAUGCGCAACGGCGCCGAUUUCGCCGUCUACAUUAACACCGCUCAGGAGUUCGACGGCAGCGACUCCGGCGCUCGCCCCGACGAGGCUGUCUCCUGGGGUAAAAUUCGAUCUUCCGCCCUCAAGGUCAAGGUACACUGUGAUGCAACCAUUGCUUUCCCUCUGCUGGUUGCUGAAACAUUCGCAGCAAGGGCAAAUAAAUCAAUUCCCAAAGCCAAACCCUAAUCCAAGUUCAGCUUCUUCUAUUAAUGGCUUUUUUCAUUAAAACCUGGUGUGAGAUCAUCCUGCUACUUCACAACCCUAGCAAAUUUAUUUCCUGCAUCCAAGUGAGUGUCAAAUAAAGAAAAAUGGACUAUGUAGUGUUGUGUUGCUAGCCCCAUCGUUGCAUUUAACAUCUUGUGAAAGUAAAGAUGAAUAUGAUGCAAUAAUGUUGGAGUUAUAUUAUUUGUUAUACAAAUAAAGAUUAUUUAGACAUGAA